AUGGCAGGCCAUCACCCAGAUUUGCAUCUGGUAGGCUGGAAUAAUAUGAAGAUCGAUAUAUGGACACAUGCCAUAGGUGAGAAUCAUAAGAACGACUUCAUUCAUGCUGCUAAGAUCAACGAGCUCCAUGUGGAGGAUCUUCUGAGGAAGAAGAAAGUUGCCAAAUGA